UUAACUUGGAAAACAGGACCAUGUCGCCCCUGACAUUCAACAUUAUCCGCCAAUCCACCCAGCGGUCCGCCGCCCGUCGCGGCACUGUGGUCAUGAGUAACCAGGCUUCGACAACUUCUGGUGACAGAGAGCCCAUUAUACCAGACAGGACGGUCGCUGUAUCACCAAAAAAGCGAAUGAUUGAAACUCCUGGUUGCUUCAUGUACUCUGUCAAGGGAUCGGUUCCACAUUUCACCCCGGACACACUUCGACAGCAAGAGCUCGGUGGCGUCAGUGUCAGCAUCGAACAUAUGUUGCAGGAUCACCAACCGGCAGGGUUCGAUAAAUGGUCAUUUUCACUCUCCAAAUUCUUGAACCUUCAAGAUUUUAUUCUUUUUUGUGAUGUUCGGGAUACGUCUCGAUACUUCAGAGUUCCCAUCAACACGGAUCGUUAUAUUUCCAUGAUGACCCAUCAAGGUGUUCGUCAACUCACUUUGGAAGAGUAUCUCAAGAUUGUUAGGGCAUAUGCGCCCGACAUUAUGGCAACAUUCACGGAUUCCAUCUCGGAUCUAGAAUUGACGGAACAGGGCAAGCUGUUAGGAUCAAGUACUGGACAAAAACGUGUACGAAAGAGUGUUGAUCGAAGUCUUAAAUGGUUAGAUCAGAUCUUGAAAGAGAGACAAGGCAUUGACACUUUGGCUGAGGAUCGUGUAAAAGGGCAAGCUAGAAAGAAGACGGUUGGAGAGCAUCAAACAAGCCAUACCACCAAUGCUACUGCUGCCAAUUCUAAUGAUAUAGUAAACGAAGCUAUAUCAACAGCUACAACCACAACCACGGCAAAAGCAUGGACGGAUGUGAGUGUUUUUGCACAUGUCGGAGGAGCUCAAAUUGAACAGGAAAGAAUUAGAAGUGCAGAAGAGACUGCCAAAAGACAGGGUGUAGAUGGAUUCAUCGUCGAUACUUUGACAUUGCCAGGGACUAAGGACGAGGUCUUGAAUCUCUUGAAGAUCUCGCUAGAUCACCUACCUUCUGAGAAGCCAAGACUCGUAUAUGGCAUGCAAACACCAGAGGAUGUAUUGAAAUCGAUUGCACUAGGUGCGGAUAUAUUCGAUACCUCAUAUCCGUUCCAACUGACUGAGGGUGGCAAGGCAUCUCUCUACAGCUUUGGGCCGUCAUCACCACUGUCGACAUCCUCUAGCAAGCGUUGGAUUAACUUGUGGGAUGAAGAACAUGCAGACAAAUUUGUCCCAUUGCUUGAUGGCUGUGAGUGCUAUGCUUGCAAAGGUGGGCGCCAUACUCGUGCAUACAUUAAUCAUCUCUUGAAAGCUCAUGAAAUGCUGGCUACAGUUCUACUGAUGAGCCAUAAUAUGCAUCAGUACUCAAAGUUUUUCGAAAAUGUCCGUCAAUCCAUCCAGGAUGGUACGUUUGAGCAAUACUCGGAUUCCUUUAUGGAGCAAUUUGGAACAGAACCUGAGCGUACAGGCGAAAUUCAUCAAGCUCAGGCUGCUGUCGAGGCUGCUUUAUUGAGACGGAACCGUUUGGAUGUCCUAGAUGAUAUUGAGAAUGCUGCUUCCCUUGAUAAGGCCAAAGCGACUGCUGCAGCUGAGGAGAUAAAGCGUCAAAAGAUGCAGAUGAGAGAAGCCAGGCGUGCCAAGAUGAAGGAGGAAGGUCUCAAGCGGAAGCUUCAGCAUGAUCUAAUAAAGCAACAGCGGUUAAAUCAGGAAAUAGAAAGUAAGGGGCAAGAAGAAAACUAGAAAUAAUAGAAAUAAACUU